AUGGCCAGAGUGCUGGCACUAAUUCCACUGCUGGCGCUGGUAGCUCCAGCCGCCUGCCUGAAGUGCAAAUCCUGCCACGGGGAGUUUGGCUGCUCGGUGGAGACAGAAGUGACGUGCAGCGAGGGGGAAUCCAGCUGCCGGACAGCUGUGCGCAGCGCCGCCGUGUGUGAGUCCGGGGGGGCUGGGCGGCUACCCCCGGCUGGGACUGGGGGCGCGGACGGCUCGUGGGCGCUGGGGGAGAGGGCCUUCCUGCGCUUCCAGGCCCUGUCCAAGGGCUGCGCUCGCCGCUCGCGGCCGGACGAGGCGCUGGCGCUGAGCUCGCACCUGCUGGCGCUGGCCUACCGCGCCUGGCACUGCCAGGGCGACCGCUGCAACGCCGCGAGCCUGGGUGAGCCCCCCUUGGGCCCCCCCGGGCCCUGCCCCGCGGGCCCCCCUGUCCCAUGCACCCCCUGCCCGCGGCACUGCCAGGGCGACCGCUGCAACGCCGCGAGCCUGGGUGAGCCCCCCUUGGGCCCCCCCGGGCCCUGCCCCGCGGGCCCCCCUGUCCCAUGCACCCCCUGCCCGCGGCACUGCCAGGGCGACCGCUGCAACGCCGCGAGCCUGGGUGAGCCCCCCUUGGGCCCCCCCGGGCCCUGCCCCCCAGCUCCCUGCCCCGCGGGCCCCCCUGUCCCAUGCACCCCGUGCCCGCGGCACUGCCAGGGGGACCGCUGCAACGCCGCGAGCCUGGGUGAGCCCCCCUUGGGCCCCCCCGGGCCCUGCCCCGCGGGCCCCCCUGCCCCAUGCACCCCCUGCGCCCGGCACUGCCAGGGCGACCGCUGCAACGCCGCGAGCCUGGGUGAGCCCCCCGUGGGCCCCCCCGGGCCCUGCCCCGCGGGCCCCCCUGUCCCAUGCACCCCCUGCCCGCGGCACUGCCAGGGCGACCGCUGCAACGCCGCGAGCCUGGGUGAGCCCCCCUUGGGCCCCCCCGGGCCCUGCCCCGCGGGCCCCCCUGUCCCAUGCACCCCCUGCCCGCGGCACUGCCAGGGCGACCGCUGCAACGCCGCGAGCCUGGGUGAGCCCCCCUUGGGCCCCCCCGGGCCCUGCCCCCCAGCUCCCUGCCCCGCGGGCCCCCCUGUCCCAUGCACCCCGUGCCCGCGGCACUGCCAGGGGGACCGCUGCAACGCCGCGAGCCUGGGUGAGCCCCCCUUGGGCCCCCCCGGGCCCUGCCCCGCGGGCCCCCCUGCCCCAUGCACCCCCUGCGCCCGGCACUGCCAGGGCGACCGCUGCAACGCCGCGAGCCUGGGUGAGCCCCCCUUGGGCCCCCCCGGGCCCUGCCCCGCGGGCCCCCCUGUCCCAUGCACCCCCUGCCCGCGGCACUGCCAGGGGGACCGCUGCAACGCCGGGAGCCUGGCUCCCUGCCCCGCGGGCCCACCUGUCCCAUGCACCCCCUGCCCGCGGCACUGCCAGGGGGACCGCUGCAACGCCGGGAGCCUGGCCCCAGAGCCGGCCACCCCCAACCAACUGAGCUGCCAUGCCUGCACCUCCCAGGGCGCCUGGUGCCCGCCCUCUGCCCGCACCCAGCUGGGGUGCACCGGGGCACAGGACCAGUGCCUGGACCUGGACAUCACUGGCACCCUGGGUGAGUUCACCAAUAUGAAGCUGAAGGGCUGCACCAGCCUCCCGCGCUGCCAGGACGGGCUGGGCUUCUACUCAGGCACCCGCGCCAUCCAUGCCCGCUGCUGCGACACGCCCCUCUGCAACCACCUGGACACAGAUUUCCAUGUAGAGGGCGAGUCGCACAACGGGCUGCAGUGCUACAGCUGCGUGGACGAGGAUGGUGUCAGCUGCACCAGCAACUCGAGCUCCACGGUGCCCUGCAUGGGGCACCACAACAUGUGUCUGGAGGGGAUCGGCCACAGCCGCACUGGUGGUGCCGAUUCAGGCCUGGUGACCUUUAAGGGCUGCGCCACCCCGGCCAUGUGCCAGAGCUCGCUGCUGGCCCUGGUGCAGGAGCUGGACGACGCCGAGGUCUAUUGCUGCACCAGGAGCCUCUGCAACACCCGCAUCAUGGACGGGCGGGUGGCUGAGGGGCGGCCCAGCCCCCCCACCCCCACCGGCCCCGUGACGUACCUCCCCCCCUCCCCCACUCUCUCCUCCACCCCUGAGCCAGACUGCAUCCUGGAGGAAGGCGAGGAGGAGGACGUGGUCCCCGUUGCUGGGGGCCACCCUCCGUUGGCAAGGAGCCAUGGCGACCAGGAGGCGGAGACCACCAAGAGUUCCGAAGGGCGGGGCUUGGAGGAGGGAGGGGCCUUUGCCGCCGUGGUGCCUACAGGCGGACCGGGUGUCACCCCGCACCCCAGCCACGUGGCGACAGGCGGCCACGGGACUGCAUCUGCCGAAGACCGCGACAACGCCAGCUCCAGGGACAACGCCUUCGGUGCGGGAGGGGCCUUUUCCGAGAGCAACGCCGCGCGGCCGACGGGCGUCCCUCACCCCGAUCCCGUGGCUAGAGGCGGCCCCGCUGCCGUCGUGCUGGAGGGGAGCAGCCGCUCAGAGCCCGGCACCAACGAGACACCGGAGAACGCCCGGGAGAUUCCAGCGGGCGCCGGCCUGGCCCACACAGAGGAGGAGGAAGAGGAGUGCGAGGAAGAAACCAAUUACUCUGCCUGGGACCACGUUACCGGUGAGGCCUUUGUCUCCGCCGGCAGCACCGAGUCCCCGCGGCUGGACCACAAUGACGACUCUACUGAGGCAUCAUCCCACAUCAGAGCCACCACAGGUCUCAGUGCCAGGAUCUUCAUUGCCGAAAGAGAUGGCCACAGCUCUGCCAAUUCACCGUCCGGUGCCGGCAGCACCACCGUAAGCCCCAGUGACGGGGUCGUUGCCGAAGGAGCUGGCCACGGCGCCACCAGUUCCCCAUCUCUCUUUGCCGCGGGCAGCUCCGGCACCGGAAGUCGCACCGGGUCAGCCAGAGAGAGCUUCGUGGCUGAGGGCAGCGCCACCUCGGCCCCUGACAGCUCAGCCGCAGCCUCUGGUGAGGCCCGCAGCACCGACAGCCCGACUCCCGGCUCCCCCAGCAACCGGAUCGACGCCGUAGUCCACAUCCCCUAUCUCGCCAGCAGGCAGAAUGAGAGCUUCUUCUCUGAGGACAAGGAGGGAGGUUCCAGCCAGCCCAGCGCCACUGCAGCCAGCCCCACCGGCCCCGUCCUGGCCACCGGAGGAGCCAGGGCCGGGUCCCACCGGGGGAAGAACAAGACCCUCUGCACCAAGCACCCGGGAGUGGCUCUAGUCGACCACGGCCUGUUGUCCCAAGACAUGCCGGCGCAGGCCGGGCAUGCCGCCCCUCCCAGCUCCCCAGAGACAGUCAGCAAGCCGGAGGGCUCAUUGGAGCGCACCGAGGGUGACCGGGACAGGCCAACCAUCUCCUUCCCCAUCACCUUGGAAACGCCCAACAACUCCCUGCGAGGUCCCCUGGGCAACGCCAGCGCCCCGGGACUGGAUCCGGUGGAGGGGCUUGUGAAGAACACCAGCGGCUGGCUGUACACCAACACCCCGGGGAAGCCGCGCCCACCCUACCCCAGUGGAGCCUCUGGCCUCGGCAGCAACCUUGGCCUCGUCACCCCCACGCUCCUGCUCGUGGUACUGCUACACUGAGCCCUGCGCGGAACCCAGGAGUCCGGGCUCCCAGCCCCCCCUGCUCUAACCCCCUAGACCCUGCCACUCCCUGCCCAGAAGCAGGGAGAGAACCCAGGCGUCCUGGCAUUAGUUCCACCCUUGCGCCACCAUAGCAUCUAGAGCCUGCAGCUGAGCGGAAAGAAAGCCUGGCCCGUACCGGAGCAGGCCGCCCGAGUUCUUUUGCAUUUGCCUGAGGGUGCAUCUGUGAAGGUGACACCAUCACCCCCUGCUGGCUGGAAUUGAAACUGCUCCCCCUGUGUGUCAUAGGCCCCAUAGUGCUAGUGGCAGAGGGAGAUUUCCCUCCUAGAACAGGGGGCUGGGAGCGCUGUAGUGGCUGCUGCUCCAAGGGGCCCUACCCACUCUGUAGGUAGAUAUGUACAGAUUGUCUCCAGCUGUAGACUGCCCUGUGAUAGCUCCAUUAACCCUUGAGAUGCUGGAGGGGUUGUUGUUGUUUUUUGCCUGUUAAAGGCCUGGAUUGGAAGAGGGGGUGCUACAUAACACAACACAGCACUGCCAGACCACACAUCCAUAGGGCCACACGGGCAGACAACAUACAAACACACACACCUCCACACUGCUGCUCCAAUACACAAACACACACACACACACACACACACUAUCCAAACACACGUACCUGGCAGACACACAAACACAAGUACACACAAGGCAGGCAGCGCGUCCAGACACACAGACAAGUUUAUUUUGCUAUCUAUGAAGUCUCCUAGGGCUUAAAUAUUUAUUCAAGAGAAACUUUACCCUAUCAGACAACAGCCCCUGGGGAUGGAGAGAGAGGGUCUCUCCUGUUUGCCCCCUUCCCCUUAGUGCCCCAUGUCGCAGGGGAAAGGGGGUGGCGUGGUCUCACCACUCAGCUAGUUGGCUGCCGAUAGGGCCGGUUACUGCCCUGUGGGGGGUGGAUUACCCACCACGCCCUCUCCCCCAGCAUCGCCCCAGCCAGUUCAAUGAUCCCCCCUCCGAGUUGAUGCUUAACUUAUUGCUGUGUCCUUUGGCAUGGGGACAGGACCGGAGCCCUGCACGGUCUGGCUCAGCUCCCCUCUGUUCUGCCUCCGUGGCACCCCCUGCCUGCAGGGCGCCCAAUAAAGACCUUUCCUUCCUA